AUAAGCAGCCAUUCUCGAACCAUUCGCGCCUAUUCCGUUACCAUUUCCUGAUCUCCGUUCGCAUCUCCGAUGCCUUCCAUGGGCAUGGCGUCCACUUCCCUUCUCGCCCCCACCUCCUUCGCCCCGGCCGCCGUCGCCGCCACGGCUCGCCGCAGCUUCUUCAGCCACCGCGGCCCACCUUCCAGUCUCCCCGCGGUCCGCCUCCGCCUCCCCCGCACGUCCUCGCUCGUCGUCUCCGCCUCGGCUUCCCCGCCGCGGUCGCUCGACGCCCUGAUCUUCGACUGCGACGGCGUCAUACUGGAGUCGGAGCACCUCCACCGGCAGGCCUACAACGACGCCUUCGCGCACUUCGGGGUCCGCUGCCCGCCCGCGGCCGACGCCGACGCGCCGCUGUUCUGGGACGAGGCCUUCUAUGACGACCUCCAGAACCGCAUCGGCGGCGGGAAGCCCAAGAUGCGAUGGUACUUUGGAGAAAAUGGGUGGCCUUCUUCAAAGAUAUUGGAGACAGCACCUUCAAGCGACGAAGACAAGGAGAAGUUAGUUGACGUUAUUCAGGACUGGAAAACAGAGAGGUACAAAGCAAUAAUCAAAUCUGGAACUGUGGAGCCUAGACCUGGUGUUUUGCGGCUGAUGGACGAAGUUAAGGGUGCGGGCAUCAAGCUUGCAGUUUGCUCUGCGGCAACUAAAAGUUCAGUGGUGUUGUGUCUUGAAAAUCUUCUUGGACUUGAAAGAUUCAAUGGUCUGGACUGCUUCCUCGCUGGCGAUGAUGUUAAAAUGAAAAAACCCGAUCCAUCGAUAUAUAUUACAGCAGCAAAGAAAUUAGGAUUAGAAAGCAAGAACUGCCUUGUGGUAGAAGACAGUGUCAUUGGACUACAGGCAGCAAAAGGAGCAGGGAUGUCAUGUAUAAUAACAUACACACCUUCAACUUCUAACCAAGAUUUCAAGGAUGCAAUUGCAACCUAUCCUGAUCUCAGUAAUGUGAGGCUUGAGGACCUGAAGCUACUGCUCCAAGAAUCUCUCGUCACUGGAUAGUGGAAUUUCCUGCUACCUGUUAAACACACCUGUUAAUUCAAUCCACCCAGGGGUUGGGUGAUCCCCACCCCUCACCCAAUCCCCACUAAUUCCUUCACCCCCACAAUCCCUCUACUAAAUCACUGCUCGGUUAAACCUCUUGCCCCUCGGGGAGAUUUGAAUUGUGCAUUGCUGUCACAGUGUAGCGGCAACGGUGAAACAUUUGGAGUUACAACAACGGCAUGCCCAACUGAAUUUACAGUAGAACACAUGUACUGAACAGGGGCACAUAUUCAGCAUUUCAUACGCAGAGAAGCGAUUUGAAAAGGAGAAGUGUGAAAACGUAACAUUCCAGCUGAUUACAGUGAUACUGUUGCAGUGAAUUA